UCACUGCCCACCGCACUCAUACUACCGCCCUCACUUACGUCGAUCGAGUCUAAUACACAACCGCCACUAUGGCCAACAUCAACUGGCGGACGAUCAACAUCGAUGCCCUGGACCCGGACAGCCCCGCCAACUUCGACCUUAGCUCUCUCACACCUGCGGUCGAGCCCAUAUCGACUGCCGACGUCCAGAACACUUCGCAGCAAAUACGGCAAUUGCUAAGAGGAGGAGACAACGAAGGUGCGCUUCAGGGCGCACUGGAGUCCCCGCCGUAUGGCGCAGAUGAUAAGGGCAAGGAAGUCUACCUCGCAAUCGUUCUCGAAGUCCUCCAGUCCAUUCGGCAAGCAGAGAUCGCUCAGAUGCUGGGUCGCAUAUACAGCGCCCCUGGUGGGACAGAAGCACUGGACGUGCUGAUGAAGUACAUUUACAAAGGCAUGGCACAAGCGGCCCCAGCUAGCAGCGCACGCAACAUCACCCCACAAGCAACCGGCUUCUCGCAGGUACACUCACGAGGUGGAGGAGAUGGUGGUGGUCAGGCCAUGAGUGUUUUGCUCAGCUGGCACGAGAAGGUACGAGACUCGACAUUGUUCCCGUAUACACCAGGCAUCCCAUCGCGCGAGCUUCGCAGGACCCUGUUCCUCGCGGCGGGCAUCGUUGGUGUAAGUGUAACCAUUGAAGAUCAGCUGCUAAUCACUGCGAUAGCUUGUGGAGGUUGCUGGUCCCGGUAGCAUCGUUAGAGUCAUGACGGAUCGCCGUACAGUCUGAGUCCACGAACCCACGCGAUAGCCAUCUCUACGCGCAGACUAUUCGAGCUGCCACAUAAGAAAGUCAGCAAGCAAGCGGCGUCAUAGAUGCAUCGAUCCUAACAGCUAACACACAAUUGCUGCUGUUGAACCGUAAUUGACAUACGAACAAACUACAUCAUGCCCAACCUCAACGUGCUUUUUUCCAGUCUUACGUUGCGAUCUGCUUCGCGGCCCAGUUUAUUUACCCUGAGUCAAUACUUCGACACGGCAA